CGCUUCUGCUCCCGAAGGGGCUCGACGGUGCCGCGUUUCGGGACUUGAUUCCGAACCGUGGCCGAGGCCCGAUUAGCCCGUCCGACAGCGCUCGGGCACUUUCGGACAGGAGGAGGCGGAGAGCCGAGGCUCGCUCGUGAGGAUCCUUGCUCGGGAGCGUUCGGCUCCGCUCGGCUCCUCCUCGGGCGGGCUCGGCUCCCGCGGGCGGCGGGUGCAGGCAGAGCCUGCAGCGCAAGGUUCUCUAGGCCGGGUCGCGCUGCGUCGGAGGCCGGCGGAGUCGGUCUCACAGUAGGGGACCCUGUUGUCUGGGGACCACGGCCGGCGCGGCCUUCUAGGCCCUGAGGAGGGCUAGCGCAGAGCCUCUCGGAAACCCUCGUGCGGCCUCGGACCAAUUCGGACCGACUCGGCUCCGCACUUCGGACCACUUCGGCCCCCCUCGUUUCCGGACUCUAGGCCUCGGCUCGGCUCGACUCGACAGGGCCUCUUCGUGCUGGUUCGGCCCCUGUUCGGGCAGCCCCGGCUCGGCUUGGCGGCCGGCUUCGGGCGGGCUCGGCUCAGCUCGGCUCGGUUCGGGCAGCCCUCCUCGGUCGAGCUCGGCCCGGCUCGGCCCGGCUCGGGCGGCCUCCUCGGGCAGCGCGCUUCGGGCUCCGUCCCGGCCUUCGGGCGGCCCCGGCCGGCGCCUUCGGGCGGGCUCGGCGGAGUCCGGAUGGAGGACUCGGACUCGGCCGCCAAGCAGCUGGGCCUGGCCGAGGCGGCGGCGGUGGCGGCCGCGGCCGCUGUGGCGGCGGCGGCCGCGGCCGCGGCGGGAGGCGAGGCGGAGGAGCCGGUGCUCAGCAGGGACGAGGACUCGGAGGAGGACGGAGACUCGGAGGCGGAGCGUGAGACGCGGCGGGUGACGGCCGUGGCGGUGAUGGCCGCCGAGCCCGGGCACAUGGACAUGGGCGCCGAGGCCCUGCCCGGCCCCGACGAGGCCGCCGCGGCCGCCGCCUUCGCAGAGGUGACCACCGUGACAGUGGCCAACGUGAGCGCCUCGGCGGACAACGUCUUCACCACAUCGGUGGCGAACGCCGCCUCGCUCUCGGGCCACGUGCUGUCGGGCAGGACAGCCCUUCAGAUCGGGGACAGUCUGAACACCGAGAAGGCCACGCUGAUCGUCGUGCACACGGACGGGAGCAUCGUGGAGACUGCCGGGCUGAAGGCACCCGCUGCCCCUCUCACCCCCGGCCCUCAGUCUCCUCCGACUCCUCUGGCUCCCGGCCAAGAGAAAGGUGGAACUAAGUACAACUGGGACCCAUCGGUGUAUGACAGUGAGCUGCCUGUGCGCUGUCGGAACAUCAGUGGCACCUUGUAUAAGAGCAGGCUCGGCUCAGGAGGCCGGGGGCGCUGCAUUAAGCAGGGGGAGAACUGGUACAGCCCUACCGAGUUUGAAGCCAUGGCAGGAAGGGCCAGCAGCAAAGACUGGAAGAGAAGCAUCCGCUACGCGGGGCGGCCGCUGCAGUGCCUCAUCCAGGACGGGAUCCUAAACCCUCAUGCCGCCUCCUGCACCUGUGCCGCCUGCUGUGAUGACAUGACCCUGAGUGGGCCCGUCAGGCUCUUCGUCCCCUACAAGAGGCGCAAGAAGGAGAGCGAGCUGCCCGCCACGCCCGUCAAGAAGGACGCCCCCAAGAACAUCACCCUGCUUCCCGCCGCAGCCGCCACCACCUUCACCGUGACCCCCUCAGGACAGAUCACUACCUCUGGCGCGCUGACCUUCGACCGGGCGUCCACCGUGGAGGCCACCGCGGUCAUCUCGGAGAGUCCGGCCCAGGGCGACGUCUUCGCGGGAGCCACAGUACAAGAGGCAGGCGUGCAGCCCCCAUGCAGGGUCGGCCACCCGGAGCCCCACUACCCAGGGUAUCAGGACAGCUGUCAGAUUGCACCGUUCCCGGAGGCCGCGUUGCCAACGUCUCAUCCCAAAAUAGUGUUGACAUCCUUGCCUGCCCUGGCGGUGCCGCCCUCCACCCCCACCAAAACCGUGUCUCCCGCUGUGGUCAGUGGGCUGGAGAUGUCGGAACAGCGGAGCUGGCUGUACCUGGAGGAGAUGGUCAAUUCCUUGCUCAGCACCGCGCAGCAGCUGAAGACGUUGUUUGAACAGGCCAAGCAGGCCAGCUCCUACCGAGAAGCCGCCGCGGCCCAGGCCAGAGUCCAGGCGGAUGCAGAGCGGAAAGAGGAAAAGCCCACAGUCACGGCCAGGCUCACCCCACAUUUAAGGGUCCAGAAGCUGAUUUCCUGUUGUGCAGAACUUCCCCCUCGACCCACCGUGGGACACGUGCUGACGUGCGUGUCCGUCGGGUCAGCCAGGAGCGUCUGCCGCAGCUGGAUCGCUGAGGUCCCCACCAUGAAAGCAGUUCUGUGUCAACUGCGGCCGGGAGGCCCUGAGCGAGUGCACCGGCUGCCACAAGGUCAACUACUGCUCUACCUUCUGCCAGCGCAAGGACUGGAAGGACCACCAGCACGUGUGUGGCCGGUCGGCGGCCGUCACCGCGCAGGGGGACGACGUCCACGUCGCCGAGGCUGUGAUCGAGAAGGUCACCGUGUGAGCGCCUGUGGGGCCUCUGUGGCCAGGAAGGACCCUCGAGGACGGGGGCGCUGAGGACGAGGAGGAACUUGCUGGCCAAGUUAUGAGUGGACGUCGCGUGAGCGGCGCCCUUGGCGGUGCGCUCCUGCCGCCAAGCCCCGAAGCGGGGCGGGGGCGCGGGCCUCUCCGGGGCGGCCAGUGGACGCGGCCUGGGCCCUGGAUGCCUGCUCACGGUGCUUUUUUUAUCCCUUGGAUCAUGAGCGUCCGGUCUUCCCUACGGGUGUGUCGUGUUCUGUAACACGCGUGUACAUACAUGUGUCUGUCAGUAAAGUUGGCGCCCCUGCCCCACGCGGACUGGUGACUCCAAGCUCCGACCGCCCCGAGGCCCGGGGGCCUGGUCGUGCAGUUCGGAAGCCGAGACCAGACGGGGCCCAGCCCGGCGGGACGGGAGGCCGGCACCUGCUGCCCAGGAGCUGGGGCGCCAGAGCUGCCAGCCGGGAAGGCCGAGCCGCCGUCCAGUCUCGGGGAUGGCUCGGCGUCCGGACGUGCCACCUUCCCUUUGCACAGAGCGCGCCCGGGACCCCUGGGGACCCUCCCAGGGUGGCUCCUGCCUGCGCCCGGCUAUGCUAGCCCAGCUCCCACGGGCUGGGGGCCUCGUCCCUGCCCUUCCCGGUGCCCUGCCCAGCCUGUCUCCAAGCCUGGGUUCCAGGAAAGCCUGCGCUGCCCCAUCUUCUGUGCACUGAGAAGUGGACUUUGACCCCGACGCUCGCCUCACUGUUCCGUCUCGUUCACACCUCCGGCCCCGCACCUCCCGGCUCCUGCUUCCAGAAGGUUCUUCAUAGCACACGGAGACUUGCCUUUUGGGCCACGGGCUCCCCGGUGAGCCGAGGGGGUGGCACCCACGCCCAUCCCCCCGCGCCCAGCCUGGCUCCAGGUGGGGGAGGACCUGCCCCCAGAAGCCCCUCUGCCUCCGUUCCAUCGGCCUCUGCGGACUAAGCGGGUUUAUUUGGGUUUUAUUUGUUUUGUCGUCCCGCCUCUCCACCACCUUGGGGAAGUCCAGGCCCGGCCCCUGGGGUUUGCACAGCAUGAAGGUGGUGGGAAGUGAGGACCAGGGGUGGGGGCCACGUCGGCCUCAGCAGAAGGGGCUGCACCCCCAGAAGGAACCCCCCAAACCUGAAAAGGCUAAAAUGGCGACUUAGGUGGGCAGCGCCCACGGGGAAAGGCUUCCAGGUCCCUCCCUGGCGUCCAGCUCCAGGCAGCGGCCUCCCUGUGAGCAGAUUCGGCGGCCUCGGGACCAGGCCCUGCAGGGAAGCCAUCCUGGGUGAGGGUUUCCUGGGAUCGGGGGUGGCUUCUCCUCCCCUUCUCCUUAAAGUAGAAGCCUGGGGACCGCACGUGUUGGGGGCAGUUUUCCAAAGUGUAUCGUUUCUAAGCCUUUGAAGCUAUCUCUGCAUCACCCCGGACAUCAGGAGGCUUCUGGAAAUUGCCAUCCAGGCGCCAAGGGUGCGUUGACACCCUCAGUUCUGUGUCAGCACUUGCGAUG